CCACACCCACCCAACCCCCCCCAUGCCCAAACUCCAACCCCCCUACCGCCCCGACUUCGACGCCGAAACCUCCCUCCCCGCCGAGCUCAUCGCCGCCUCCUACCUCGCCUUCCUCACCACAAUCCUCUCCCUCAUCCUCCUCGGCUGCCUCCUCAUCUUCCUCCUCCGCCUCUCCGUCCUCUUCGACCGCCGCCUCGCGCGCGACGGCUUCGUCGGCGGCGUGCCCCGCGAAGAGAAGAUCCUCCGACGCUGCAAGGAGAGGGGGCGUCGCGUGUGUCGCGAGAGGGGGAUGUGGGACGUUGGAGUGCGUGGGGGUCCGCCAGUGAGGGACUACGAGGUUGAAAGUGCGGAGGAGAAGAGGAAGGGGAAGAAAUUGCGGUUUUUGCCAGUGCCGGAGGUAAUACCCGCUUCACCUACGGGGGAAAAUGUCCUAGUGAUGGGGGAGAAGAAGAAGAAAGGGAAGGGCAAGGGGAAGGAGAGACAGCGCGCGAGGAGUCAUAGCAGUCAUAUCAGCACCGGCCACCGCACGAGCGAGGAGUGGGGGACAUUCAGUUUCGCUAGUGUCGCUGGAGUGACGGCGGGGAGACGCGCAUCGUCGAUGACUUGGGAGAGUGGAGACUGGGCAUGGCCGCCACAGAGAAGGGCGAGCGCAGACUGGGUGACGGGUGAAGAGGAACCGAUGAGGUUUUUCGGCGCGGGCUCGUGGAUCGGGAGAGUGAAGAACAGGGGUGAGAUGAGGGGUGGGAGUGUGAGUGCGAUUGAAGGAAGGGUGUUGGGAGAGAGAGAUGGAGCGGGAGCUGUAUGAGUGAGCGAGACAUGGCAAUUAUAGAUGGGAUGGUGCUGGUACACCAAAGUAAUUCUUAGCACUGAGGAGCGAGUAGUUUUUAUCACAAUAGAAUUAGAAUGAGAAACCUCAAAUACAG